UUCAACUAAACGGGUCAUGUGAUCACCCGGGAAGGGAAGGAUCUUUGAUCAUCGGCGUUCAGCUGUCUCUUUCACAAAGAGGACACCGGAGGAGGAGGACCGAAAAUGUGCACCAGCAUCCAGCCCCUUGAAUGGACUGCAGACCUCAAGAACCAGAAUUUUGAUGGCAUUGUGCUGGUGACCCAGAGCCAUGACACGCUGCCCUCUGAGCUUGAGUGUCUGAAAGCACCGCUGCAGGACUACAGCUCUGUUGACAGUGGUCUUGGGGAGGAGGUGGUGGUCCUGAAGGUCCCUGGUCUGCCUGGGAACCGCCUGGUGUUUGCCUCCACUGGCCCUGUUAACCGUGACUACGAUGAUGUCAGGCGCUUCAGUGAUGCAGCACUCAACGGAGUCAAACGGGCUUUAAAAACAGGUAUGCUGCGCCCCCUUCUGGUCUGCCCUCCUCACAGGAACUACAAGAACAGUACCAUCGUGGCUGCACUGGGAGCCCUUCAGGCUCUCUACAUGCCCCUGGAAGUAAGAGAGGCCAAAGUCAAACCCUCUGAGUACAAGGUGUGUGUUCUGGGGCUGUGGGCACCUGAGGAGGCAGAGGGGAGGAGGCUGGUGGAGCUGGCUGAUGCUCUGGAGAGUGGGAGACUUGCAUGUCGUGACAUUGGCGGCUCAGAUCCUGAGCGUAUGGCUGCUCCUCGUGUGGCUAAAUAUGUGCAGGAACUCUUCAGGGACAGCCCGGUGCAGGUGGAAGUGGUGAGCGACCUGGCAGUUUUUGAGAGAGAGUAUCCCUGUCUGGCUGCUGUCAACCGCUGUGCCAACUGUGUGCCUCGUCAUCAGGGCAGAGUCAUCAAGCUGCAGUACUGUGGAGCAGGUCCGAUCACAAAGACGCUCAUGCUGGUUGGAAAGGGCAUCACAUAUGACACUGGCGGAGCUGACAUCAAGGCUGGUGGAGUCAUGGCAGGGAUGCACAGAGACAAGUGUGGAGCUGCUGCCGUCGCUGGCUUCUUCCAGAUAUUAGCUAAGCUGAGGCCAGAAAACUUGAAGGUGAUUGGUUCCAUGGCCAUGGUGAGGAACAGUGUUGGAGCAGAGUGCUACGUGGCUGAUGAGCUGGUGGUUUCCCGUGCUGGUCGCAGAGUGAGAGUAGGAAACACAGAUGCUGAGGGUCGUAUGGUGAUGGUGGACCUGCUCUGUGAGAUGAAGGAGAAGGCCAUACAGGAGACUGCUCCUCAGCUGUUUACCAUCGCUACUCUGACAGGACACGCCAUCAGAGCAAUGGGACCUAACUACUCUAUCAUCAUGGAUAAUGGACCGGCCCAUCGCAACAACAACGCAGCUCAGUUGCAGAAAGCUGGAGAUGUUUUGGGUGACGUGUUUGAGGUGUCAAUGAUCAGACGAGAGGACUACGAGUUCCACAAAGGCAAGUCUGAAUAUGAGGAUAUUCUGCAGUCUAACAACCUGCCGUCCUCUGCAACCCCUCGAGGACAUCAGACCCCUGCAGCCUUCCUCAUCAUGGCCUCUGGGCUUGACAAGCAUGGUGUGGAUUCUGACAGGCCUCUGCCAUACUCCCAUGUCGAUAUCGCAGGAUCCAGCGGUCCUUACCCCGGUGUCCCAACUGGAGCCCCAGUCAUCGCCAUGGCUGCCAACUACAUUUUGUCUGAUAGUCUUUGAACACAGUGUAAAAAAAAAAGACUACAGCCCCUGAAUUUAGUCCAAAGCAAAUUUGUAACCGUCCACACACUGUAUAGAUCAUAUUCCUGCCGUAACUUGUGAUGGAUUCCUAAUUACACCAGAAUGCUUCUCUGCUUCAAUGUUUUUUUUCCUUUUCUAAAAUCUUGUGAUAUUCAUCCUAUCCCCACUAUGUGUCAAAUGACCCUGUUCUGAAGUGGCCUCAAUCUGUUUAUACUCAGGGGUUAAUGGCAGUUUGAAAAGCAAAUAUCUUUUUAUACAUCUGUAUGUGUGCACAAACAUGAGGACAUUUGUGUGAUUAGUGACACCAAGAGUCAAAGCAAGCACUCCCCAAUAAAAACAAAUCAAAGGUU